AAAUGUAUUUUGUGCCGUUAAGGAAACAUAACCGGUCCCUUUCGUUAAUAUUUGCUUUGAAAAAAUCCUCGAAAUCUUUAAUUCAUGUGUUUUUAAAGCUUUUAUAUGUGUCCAUUGUCAAGAUUUGCUCUUUUCGCUUCGGACAGGCUACCGCCGUGCGUCUCCAUAGACCACCACCGCCAGCCACCGGUAACUUCCAUCACCGGUUUCUCUUUGAUCCGUAACUUUUGUUUUUUAUUCUGACGAUAUAUACCAAAAAAAAUAAAAAAAUAAAAAAUAUAUAAAUAAUCCUAUUUUUCCACUCAAUCUUAAACCCUAAUUCCGAAUUCCUUUCUCCCGUCGUCGAAUUUAGCGAAAAGUUCCAAUUUCUAUUUCAACGUUUGAUAUUUAAGCACUAAUUCCGCGCUUGAGAAAUUGAAAUACGAAAAAAGGGGUUUAAGAAGAGGAAUAAAAAUGGCGAUAGCAGCACCGGAGCAGCUAAAUAUAAGCGAAGUGCCGGCAUGGGGUUCGCGAGGUGUCGAUUGCUUCGAGAAAUUGGAGCAGAUUGGUGAAGGAACUUAUGGGCAAGUUUACAUGGCUAGAGAAAUCAAUACAGGGGAAAUUGUUGCUUUGAAAAAAAUUCGAAUGGAUAACGAAAGAGAAGGGUUCCCUAUAACUGCCAUACGUGAAAUUAAAAUCCUAAAGAAGCUUCACCACGAAAAUGUAAUAAAGUUGAAGGAGAUUGUAACAUCUCCAGGUCCUGAUAAGGAUGAGCAUGGUCUACCAGAUGGCAACAAAUACAGGGGUGGAAUUUACAUGGUUUUUGAAUACAUGGACCAUGAUUUGACUGGUCUCGCUGAUCGUCCUGGAAUGAGAUUUUCAGUGCCACAAAUAAAGUGCUAUAUGAGACAGCUUUUGACAGGGCUUCACUACUGUCAUGUAAAUCAAGUACUUCACCGUGAUAUUAAAGGUUCUAAUCUUUUAAUAGACAAUGAAGGAAACUUGAAGCUUGCAGAUUUUGGUCUUGCCAGGUCGUUCUCAAGUGAUCACAAUGCUAAUCUUACAAACCGUGUAAUAACUUUAUGGUAUAGGCCACCGGAGUUGCUCCUUGGUGCCACGAAGUAUGGUCCAGCUGUUGACAUGUGGUCAGUUGGUUGCAUCUUUGCUGAACUUCUACAUGGGAAACCAAUCUUUCCAGGGAAAGAUGAGCCAGAGCAGUUGAAUAAAAUUUUUGAGCUCUGUGGGGCUCCAAACGAGGAUAUUUGGCCUGGGGUCUCAAAGAUUCCUUGGUACAACAAUUUGAAACCAUCAAGGCCAAUGAAAAGACGUAUUAGAGAGUAUUUCCGACACUUUGACCGGCAUGCGUUGGAUUUACUUGACAAGAUGUUGACUCUUGACCCAUCUCAGAGAAUAUCAGCAAAGGAUGCUCUUGAUGCUGAGUAUUUCUGGACAGACCCAUUGCCGUGUGAUCCCAAGAGUUUGCCCAAAUACGAAUCUUCACAUGAGUUCCAGACUAAGAAAAAGCGUCAGCAGCAGCGCCAACAUGAAGAAAAUGCAAAACGGCAGAAACUACACCAACAACAGCAUUCUCGCCUUCCACCAGUUCAGCAAUCUGGACAUGCGCAUGCUCAGAUGCGACCAGGUCCAAAUGCACCGAUGCACGGGUCGCAACCUCAGGUUGUUGGAGGACCAAGCCAUCAUUAUGGAAAGCCCCGGGGACCUUCACAAGGGCCUGGCAGAUACCCACCCGGUGGAAACCCCUCUGGAGGAUACAACCACCCAAAUCGUGGUCAAGGUGGAGGUUAUGGUAGUGGCCCAUAUCCACCUCAAGGGAGGGCGCCUCCAUACGGUUCAAGUGGCAUCCCAGGUGCUGGUCCUCGAGGAGGUGGAGGUAGUGGGUAUGGAUCUGGAGGCCCAAAUUAUCCUCAUGGGGGUCAAUACGGGGCAUCUGGAACUGGACGUGGCUCAAACAUGGUGUCUGGGUCCCGGAAUCAACAAUAUAAUUGGCAGCAAUGACAUGCAUUGUUAAGAAUGGCUUUGUGGUGAGAUUCAAUAAUGAUAUUCAUGAACGCUUUGUCGGCCAUAGUGGAUUGUUGUACUCACUUCGGAAGGUUGUUGACGAGUGUGGUGUGUGCUCUUGCUCUGUGAGGAAGAGUCUUGGCUGCUGAGUGUCAUUUGUAAAACUAAUUAUAUAAAGAUAUUGUUAGAGUGAACUUGAGGAUGCACCGUAGACGUUAUUGUAGUGCAUUAUUAGUUUCAACAAAAUAUACAUAAUUGCUUACAUGUAAAAUCUCUCGGUUUCGUACAAAAUAAAGUUCAUUUGUUUACAU